CGGCGUAUCAGCUACAUAUCUCGCAACAGUACAACAUCACACCACCCACUCGAAUUCACCAUCAGCUGCCCUACCCUUUGAACACUGCGGGCCCCAGACUCGCAACUGGUCUCCGUCAUCCAGAACGUGCCCUCUUAGCUCCAUUGUUAUCCCCGCCGCACAGCCGAUCCGCUGAUCCCUAUAGAAAUCCUUUGUCCAAGGAUAAAUUACGCCUCCCGGUGAACAUUCCGCCCGUUCACCCCACAUUCCCCCUCCGAUGCCUCGAUUCCAAUGAGGACCGCCGGCUUCGUCGCCCCGGUCCGAGAGGCCUGGGGCCGGCUCUCGGACGGAUGCCUCGCUCGCUUCCCCUGCCUCUCCGACGCUGCGUGGAGGUCCUCGAUGUGUUUGAAAGUGGUUGUCGUGCUGCUUCACGUGGGUAUCGUGGGGGUUUUGUUUCUUCUGGACACGGAUUUGAUACGGAGAACCCGAGAGGAUCCUUGGUACACUGUGAUAUACUUGCUGCUAUUUUUGGUAACUUUGGUUCAAUAUUUCUUCACAUCCAAUUCAUCUCCAGGGUAUGUCGUUGAUGCAAAGAAGGCUUGGGAUGAAACACAUGCUACCUUUAUCAAUCGAAGACAAUCUGCACCAAGACAUGGAAGUUUUGUUUCUUCUACAGAUCUUAAUCAGUUGGGAAAAAUUGAUUCUCGAAUGAACUGGUUGAAGCUAGUGACAGAGCUGUAUCCUCCUGGAUCAUCCACCAGGAAUUGGACUUGCACUUAUUGUCAUAUUAUUCAGCCUCCUCGCACAAAACAUUGCCAUGAUUGUGAGAAAUGUGUGCUUCGGUUUGAUCAUCAUUGUGCAUGGCUAGGAACAUGCAUUGGUAAAGGGAAUCAUUGUCGAUUUUGGUGGUACAUCUUUGAAGAAACAAUUCUGUGUAUUUGGACUGGGAUAUUCUACAUCUCCUUUUUGAGGUCAAGUGCUGUAAAAGAAUGGUGGAAGGAAUUUAUCAUGAUAAUCUUGUUUGCUGUAUUGACCUUUUGCUUCAUCUUUCUGUUUCUGCUGCUGCUUUUCCAUAGCUAUCUGGCUUUGACAAAUCAAACUACCUUUGAACUUACGAGAAGGCGACGGAUACCAUAUUUUAGGGGAAUUCCUAGAGGUGUUCGUCCAUUUAGCAAGGGCAUUUGCAGAAAUUUAUAUAUGUUUUGCUGUUCGUGUGAUAGCAUGUAUAGUUUGGAAGCGGUUCCACCAAGAGAAGAAUUGGAAGCCAGAACGAGACCAUACACAUGCCUCGACAUCAUUUCCUGUCGAUGUUGCUGAUACAUCGAUUGACACAACAUUUUCUUUGUGAGGGCUUCCAGUGUUGCAAAGGAGAAACACAAUGUGCCUUGGACAUCUUUUAGCAACAGAAGGAAUUGUUUGAAUCUCUGAGCCCUUAAAAGGGGUUAACUUAAACCCUGCUAUGCCAAGCUAAUCAUCAACCCUUCUGCCCGGGGAAAUCGAUAGCCAAUCUCAUUAUCCAAGGUUAAAUUACAAAGCUUGUAAUAUACUUAAUGCAGCAUUGGAGGUAACUUUUGUCAGCCAUGGAAUGCGUAUGUUGCAAACUUUGUACCCUCUCCCAAAACCAAGAAGUGUACAACUUAAUCACACUAUCAUCUUGGGGGAAGGGAACAGAAGUCAGAUUGUUGCAUUUUACUCGUAGAUAGGGAUUCAUGUACAAAAGCUGAGUGCUGCUGCUUUUUUCACGACUUUUUUUUGUUCAGAAAUCUUAAUUCAUGUUAUAUGAAGGGUGAUUUUGGUUGUUUAGUCCAGUGAUGCUAGGACUAGCUAAUCA